AUGCAGCCAUCUCACUUUCGUCAGGGAAUUCCCCCGAAUAACUCUGUCGAGCUUCCUCCGGUGCAUUCGGUGACGUCGGGCGCGUUCCCUCCCGCUGGGGCUUUGCAUUCCGCCCCGCCGAGUAGACCUGACAGCGGAAUGCGCAUGUCUCAUCUACUACAGCCUAUGCCCCAAGGGCCGCAUCAGAUACCCCCGGGUCCUUCUACGUCGCCCUAUGGGCGUUUCUACGAUUCGGCGUCCGGGUCGCCCGCUGAAAGCGGCCUUCCCGAUGCCCCGAUGGGAUCAGUCUCGGGACCCUCGCUCUACCAGACCAGCCCGGUCGGACAUGGUCAAGGGCCAACUUCUUUGCAGCAGCAAAAAAGAGCCUACCGUCAGCGUAGGAAGGAUCCGAGUUGCGACGCCUGUCGCGAGCGCAAAGUGAAAUGCGACGCUUCCGACGAGACCAGCUGCACGGAAUGCAGCAACCGGAAGGUUCGGUGUCAAUUCACUAAGGAGACAAAUCGGCGCAUGUCUUCUAUUAAACAAGUUCAGGAUUUGGAGAAGCAGCUCGCACACGUCAAGUCGCAGCUGCACCAUGCGCGCUCCGGCAUGAUGCGCCCAGACCACACGAUGGAUCUGGAUGAGACAGCCUCCCAGUCAGGCGUCAUGCUUCCCGAAAUUGACUAUAAGCCUUCGCGACGACCUAAGGCACCCGUUUUCCAAGACUUAUCGGAGGUGCGGACUAAUCUCCGCCAGCACGGCCGCGGCAUCUUGAAAGUACCCACGCCAUACCAACAACAUGGAUCGCGAUCGAUCGUCACCGGUGAUGCGCCGGCGCUGCCACCAAAAGACGUUGCCGAUCACUUACUUGGCCAGUAUUAUAAUUGUAUUCACUCAAUACUGCCAGUCCUGCAUUGGCCUUCUUUCACGACAGAGUACGAGGAGAUUUAUCGAAAAGGCUCGAUAUUGGGUGUCUCCAGUGAAUGGGCUGCCGUGCUGUUUGGAGUCUUUGCAUGUGGCACUGCCCACACCGCGGAGCCCGAUUGGGAGGAAAAGGGGAAAGAGUUCGUGCGUCUGUCUUCUGGGAUUAUAGACGUCUGGCAAGACAACUUCAACCUCGACCGAGCCCGCGCGGCUUUGCUAGUGAGCAUCUUCCUCUAUGAGGUUAACUCAAAAUCGGCGAGUUGGGUCUGGAUUGGAUCUGCGGUGCGUGUGGCCCAAGAGAUUGGACUUCACAUUGACCUUGGGCCUUGGCCACCGGUCGAAGGCGAGAUGCGAAAGCGUCUAUGGUGGGGCUUAUACACUUGGGAUAGGUUACUUGCACUGGAGAUGGGCAAGCCGGUUUUGAUAAAUGACCAGGACUGCGACAUUGACCUUCCCUGCCUGGUGGACGACCAAUACCUUAUCGAAGACGGCAAACUUCCCGAUGGUCAAGACCACCAAAUCACCCCGAUGCUCGCCACGAUCCACGUCGUCCGUUCAAUCGGUCAACUUACUCGUACCCUCCGAUCUACCUCUAUCAGCCCCGCAACCCUCGAAACCUUUGAACGUCACUUCAACACAUGUCUCGGCACCUUCCCCGUCGAUCUUCUUCCGAAAGGCGACCAAAGCCUCGAUCCUCACUCCUUGGCGCCCAUCAUUUACCUCCAAAACGCCCGUCUCCUCCUCCACCGCCACAAUAUCUCCCCCUAUUGCUCCAGCGCCGAUCGAUCCUCCGCACGCGAACUCUGUGUUUUAACAGCAAUCGACACUGCAAACAUCCUCUCCCGCUGCAUGCGAGACCGCAACAGUGCAGGAGACUGGCGGCCACUAUUCGCAUCCUGCGCAGGCAUACUCCUCUGCACACACAUCUGGCGCUGCGCACUAUUCCUUCUAUACCGACAAGAAUUUGCCGCCGCUCUAAUCUGCAUCCAAGCAAGCGCAGCCGUGGGCGACAUCCGCUCUGUCAACACAGCCUGUGGAAGGUAUCUAGCAUUCUUCCUCCGAACCUUGAUCGCCCGGGCACGUCAAGGCGACCCCAUGAACAUAGAAAAUGACGAAGAGAUGAUCGCCUACAUCUCCGGAGAUAUGCAGGGGACUACCGAUGGCAGCUGGGUCUGGCAAGGUAGCGAGACCGGCUCGGACCUGGAAGCCAUGUCUUCUAUGAGUGCGACUCCUGUUCCACAAGAACCGGAGGCGGAGUGGGAAGGCUGGGAAUGGAUUGAGAAGACGACACAUUACCUUCUCAGUGAGAAGCAGCAGAGAGGAUGUGAACGCCAGGAUGCGCCCAUGGAGUCUAAACAGGAAUCCAGCAUGCUCCACCCUGAUGCUGUGGGGUCGGACUCGACGGAGCGUCGAUCGAGCUCGGCGCAUUCUCGCAUGACUAUCGCCAGUAUUAUCUGA